AGCCCCCCCUCUGUGUGUGACACAACAACACCACAAAACAAUAACAAGCAUGUCGGACCCGGCCAGUGAUUGACAGUCAGUAUCUGUCUCGGUCACGUUAAGUGUGCUUCCAUCUGCCCCGGUGACCCGGUGGCACCGGCGGCACGGGUCCAGCUCAGGGUUCCAGCCGCUCGAGACGACCCGGUUACCGUGAGCACAUCCCUUGCAGCUUUCGACCCCCCCCCCCCUCAUCUGAAGAGACAGACAUGUUAACGGGGCAUCCCUGGACGCAGACAAGAGGCCCCGCCAGGUGACGCGAUGCUAACGCUCCGCUUGUGUUGUAGCUAGCAGGCAUUUGCUGGUCUACGGCCGGCUAACUUUAGCCUGUUGCCUUCUGGUUCAGGGCCUCUCGCUCCUGCGUCUUCUUACACGCACAUCGGGGGAUUGCAGGGCCAUGGAUUUCCCGGGACACUUUGAGCUGAUCUUCCAGCAGCUCAACUACCAGCGUGUCCACGGGCAGCUGUGCGACUGCGUCAUCGUGGUGGGCAGCAGGCGCUUCAAGGCGCACCGCUCGGUGCUGGCCGCCUGCAGCACCCACUUCCGCGCCCUGUUCACCGUCGCAGAGGGAGACUCCAGCAUGAACAUGAUCCAGCUGGACAGCGAGGUGGUGACGGCUGAAGCUUUCGCCGCCUUGGUGGACAUGAUGUACACCUCCACGCUGAUGCUGGGGGAGAGCAACGUGAUGGACAUCCUCCUCGCGGCCUCGCAUCUGCACCUCAACAAUGUAGUCAAGGCCUGCAAACACUACCUGACCACGCGCACCCUGCCCAUGUCCCCAUCUUCCGACCGACCCCUCCUCCUCCACCACCACCACCACCACCCGCUGCAGCAGGAGCAGCAGAGGCACAAGCAGCAGCAGCAGCAGCAGCAGCAGCAGGUCUCGGACACAGCGGGGAGCGCCGCCCUCGCAGCCAACGGCGACCCCGCGGCGAACGCCGCCGCGUCCAAGAUCCAGCGCUCCUUUCUGCUGCAGCAGCUGGGGCUGAGCUUGGUGAGCUCCGCCCUGGGGGGGAUGGAGGAGGAAGGGGCCGGCGGUAGGGCAGGGGAACAAAGAGCCUCCUUCCCGAUCCGACGCCUCCAGAAACGCAAGCCCUCUCUGGGCCUGGGCCUGUCGGAAGAAAGGCCCAGGCAGAGGCAACGGCCCGCCGGCCCAGACCUGGGGCAGCUGGGAGGCGAGAGGGCGGGCGCGGAGCGAGGGGAGGAAGCGCUGCUGUCCCCGGACUCCGGCAAGGUCGCCGAUGGAUCCAAGUUGGGCGCCGCGAUCGGCGGCCUGGUAGCGGCGUCCCAAGACGAUCCUCAGAUGCCCAGCCAGUCGGACAGCGGACAAUGUGGGGCGGAGGAGUUAGGGGGGCUGCAGGGGGGGGUUAGGAAGGAGGAGGACAUGGGGGAGCAGGACCUCCACGUCAACAGAGCGGGGGUGAAGAUCAAAGGAGAGGAGGGGGCAGAAGAUCAGGAACAGAAGGUGGUGGUGAAACAAGAGCCGCUGAGCUCGCCGGAGCUACCGGAUGAAAUCGGCGACGUGACAUCGCAGGCCGAGCCCGAGGGCCGGGAGGAAGAGGAGGAGGAGGAGAAGGCGGACCUGAGCCCGCAGAGCAGCGACCGCAGCUUUACCGCCGAGCCCGGUUCCCAGCUGCUCAUCAAGAGCGUCAUGGCGGGUGGAGUCGGAGGAGGAGGCUUUGGGUGUAACGGCGAGCUGGGGGGCAAACCCGCUUUCAGUAUCUCCAGCUUCCUCGCAACCAAGGAUUUUGGGAGCGGCGGUGCGGGGCUGGAUGCCGGAGAAGACGAGCUCCCCAACACGACAACGGGCGACUCGGUGGCGCACCACUUCCUGCUCCAUCAGGACGCCGCCAGGCCGCCCGGUUCGGCCUCGUCCUCUCACCUGAAGCCGGGUCCACUCAGCGGCGAGAGUUUCAACGGUUUCGGAGACAACCUACAAGCUGAGUCUUUGUUCCUGCUGCCCCUGCACGACGGGUUGGGGAACCCCAGAGGGGGCGGGGGAAGCGGCUGUGGGGGGCGCGCCGGGGGAGAUCCUUUCGGCGUGGACUUCCAACACUCCGGUCUGGGACUCCACUCCCUGGGGCGAUCCGCCCGGGAAGCGAGUGCCGCCGCCCUGGGUUACCCGGGUUACAGACGCAUCGCCCCUAAAGCGGUAGCCGGCGCGGGGGGGGACGAAAGUGGCGGCGUCCUCCUCCAAGACGCCGCCUCCUCCUCCUCCUCCUCCUCCUCGAGCCUGGCGAGCCCCACCUCACUCCCCCCGCAUCUGACCCGCGCCUCGGCCGACGUCCUGUCCAAGUGCAAGAAGGCGCUGUCGGAGCACAACGUCCUGGUGGUGGAGGGCGCUCGCAAAUACGCCUGCAAAAUCUGCUGCAAGACCUUCCUCACGCUGACCGACUGCAAGAAACACAUCCGCGUGCACACGGGGGAGAAACCCUACGCCUGCCUCAAGUGCGGCAAGCGCUUCAGCCAGUCGUCCCACUUGUACAAGCACUGCAAGACCACCUGCCUGCGCUGGCAGAACGGCAACAUGUCCAACGCCCUGCUGUGAGGCCGCCGCAACCCGAGCGGGAUCAGCGAUGGGCUGCAAUCAAAAGUACUCCAUCCAGCGGAUGUGAUCAGCUGUUGCGCCCCGACGGCAGAGCCGAGUUGGGCGCGAUCAAUGGGAUUGUUUUUCACGAGGCACACACACAUCGUCGGGGCGGCUGAAGGACGGCAGGGAGCAACAGUGCCGACUUUGUUGCUAUGGAUUCAUCACAGAUAGAACCAUAGAUAUACACAGUUAGACCAGACUAGUCCUGGACCUUUUUGUUACAAACUACACCGCCGGCUUGUGUAGUUUGUGUUGAGCCUAUUGAAGCAGAUUUAACCCACUAAUACUAAUGCACAUUAGUGAAACAUGUAGCAUGAGACGGUGCUCCUGUGCAGUCGACCCGACGGAUUGUGACACCUGUGAGUGUUGAAAACUGUUGUCGGCUGUGUGCUCUCUGUACUGUGAACAGAAGGGUGAUCGAGGUUAAGAAGACUCCAGUUCAUCCUUCCAGCCAAACAAAGUAAAGUACCCAAGCGAUGAAAUGUCUGCAUUCUCAGAACCUUUCGGUUUCUAUUUGAGGAAAUCAUAUAUUGGGUUGUAUCGGCUUAAUUCAAGUAACGACAUAAAUACGCUGUAACAUGCACCUUAAUUUGUGUCUUCAUUAUGGCAUUAUUCCUCCUUAUUCAUUAGUGACUGACUGAUGCAUUUGUGUGUUUAUUAAAAAGGAAAGGAAGUAGUGCAGAGAGUCAGUCAUCUAAAGGAAAGGAUUGGCUCAAAAAGGGCUUUGGAAAAUGUAAAUAUUGCACUUUUGUUACAACUCCUGAAGAACUAAACUUUUUUUGCUACUGUACUUGAUAUCAUAUUUAUCUCACAGAAAGCACUUGGACCAAUAGUUCUCCUUAGUUUACUGGACUGUGUUAUUCUCUCACUGCCCCUCAUGGGGUUUCCAAGCUAACGGUCGUAGCGCUUUUGUUAGCGGGUUCUGAAACACAACUUUACAUCGUCUCUUCGAAAUUGUGAGCUGUAGCUGUUUAUUUUUAUAGUGUGUCAUUUUAAUGUCAAUGUGUAUCUGCAGAUCCAUUCAAAUCCAUUGGAGUAAGUAAAAAAUAAAAUAACACAUGCGUUGUUUAAGUGAACCGAAAUGGUAAAAAAAAAAAAAAACACCCUACACGUUUUCCUUUUUGUGUACUUGAGCGUUUGCUGCAUCGAUGAGAAACAAGCGGCCGGCGCCUCCCGGUCCGCACCUUCUCUUGUCCCUUUUUUAAGAGUCCUGUUAACAGAGGACAUUUGAUUUGACGAACCCGUUGGCGGGUGACCCGGGCGCUCCGUCGGGUGUCUCUCCCUGCAGACGUGAGCCACGCGGUUCCGACGGCGGGGAAUUAGUGGUCAAGUGUAAUUAUGAUGCUGUCUUUUAAAAGAUGUUAAUGUGAAAACUGACUCUACUGUUUCCCCCAUGUAUGAAUAUGCCAAAAUGUUGAAAUGCAUUAAAACAAUUAUUAUAAAAGUCAAUGCCUUACGCCCUGAUGCUUGAAAAGCUGGGCUUCUGUUAAUAUGCCAAAUCUGAAGUAUUGUGUUUUUGUCUAUACUUAAAAUAAUAGCCACGAGAGGAAUAAAUGUGUGUCUCUUCACUGUUGAAGGCUACGAAGAUUGUACAGUAUGUUCAGUUGUUGUGUACGCUGAAUAAAAACAAGGAAGUGCA